AUGAGUUUGGAGGCCUUGUUCUCAAUUGGAAGUGCGAGACUGCGAGCAGAAACUAGGGGCUUCCAGUUCCGAGUUGAUGCUACAAUGGCAGAAUACGAGAGCAGCCACCAUAACUACACCAUACCAAAAGAAACAGCCUUACAAGCUCUAAACACCAUAAUCCAGCUUCAUUUCGAGAAAACCCUAGAAAAGAAACGAGCUGUAGACCUACAGAAAAAGGAGCUAUGGAAGCUUUUCCAGUUCUUCUUCCUGUUCUUAGCCCUUGUAUUUACAGCCCAGGUUCAGUCCACUCGGCUCCAAUGCCGCCAUUGUUGGGUACCCAUUGGUCUCCUCUCUCUCUCCCACCUCAUCUUCUAUGUGUCAGUGGCUCAGACACUGAGGUGCAUCAAUGGGUUCAAGUAUCAGAGGAGGUGCCAUAAGUUGACACUUGGGUUAGCCACUGAGCGACUCAGGCAGAUUCGGAUGAGGAUGAGCAGCAGCAGCAGUGUGGUGGCCGGAGGUGGUGAAGAUGUUUUGAGGGAUGAUUAUGAGAUUCAUUAUCAAGAGCCACCGGAUACUUAUUUUGGAUUUGUACUGUAA